AUGGAGAUGUGGACAAAAUAUGACCUGGUGUCCCCCUACGAGGUUGACCACAAUGGCGACUACGUGUCCCAUGAAAUCUUGCACUCGCAGAGGAGGAGAAGGGCGCUGGCCCCGCUCGGAGUUGACUCUCUUCACCUUCGGCUGAGAGGCUUCAGGCACGACUUCCACAUGGAUCUGAAAACCUCCCGCCAUCUGGUGGCUCCCGGAUUCAUCGUGCAGACGUUGGGAAAGGGAGGCACCAAAUCCACAGAACCGCAGACUCUGGGGGCUCCCCAGGUAAUGAUGAUCGAGAGGAAGCGGGAGCUGGAAAACCACCACCUCUUCUCCCACGAACAUCAACCCUUGCACAGUAGCUUUAACCUCAGGCGCCCACAAAAGCAGCACUUCUGUGGAAGACGCAAGAAAUACAUGCCAAAGCCUCCCAGGGAUGACCUUUUCAUCUUGCCUGAUGAGUAUAAGUCUUGCUCACGGCACAAGCGCUCUCUUCUGAAGUCCCAUAAGAAUGAAGAACUCAAUGUGGAGACGCUGGUGGUGGUCGACCGAAAGAUGAUGCAAAACCACGGCCAUGAAAAUAUCACCACCUACGUUCUGACGAUACUCAACAUGGUGUCUGCUUUAUUCAAAGAUGGAACAAUAGGGGGAAACAUCAACAUUGCAAUUGUGGGUCUGAUUCUUCUGGAAGAAGAACAGCCAGGGCUUGUGAUAAGCCAUCAUGCGGACCACACCUUAAGUAGCUUCUGCCAGUGGCAGUCUGGAUUGAUGGGGAAAGAUGGAACUCGCCAUGACCACGCCAUCUUACUAACCGGUCUGGACAUAUGUUCCUGGAAGAAUGAGCCGUGUGAUACUUUGGGAUUUGCGCCCAUAAGUGGAAUGUGUAGUAAAUAUCGCAGCUGUACGAUUAACGAAGAUACGGGUCUUGGACUGGCUUUCACCAUUGCCCACGAGUCUGGACACAACUUUGGCAUGGUCCAUGAUGGAGAAGGGAACAUGUGCAAAAAGUCUGAGGGCAACAUAAUGUCGCCUACAUUGGCAGGACGCAACGGGGUCUUCUCCUGGUCACCCUGCAGCCGCCAGUACCUGCACAAAUUUUUAAGUACUGCCCAAGCUAUCUGCCUUGCGGAUCAGCCAAAGCCUGUGAAGGAAUACAAGUAUCCUGAGAAGUUGCCUGGAGAGUUAUACGAUGCAAACACGCAGUGCAAGUGGCAAUUUGGAGAGAAAGCCAAGCUCUGCAUGCUGGAUUUUAAAAAGGCAAGUGAUUAUCGGCAAGUGCUCAAUGAAGAUAUCUGUAAAGCCCUGUGGUGCCACCGGAUCGGCAGGAAAUGUGAGACUAAGUUUAUGCCAGCAGCAGAAGGCACUGUUUGUGGGCACGACAUGUGGUGCCGUGGAGGGCAGUGUGUAAAAUACGGUGAUGAAGGCCCCAAGCCCACCCACGGCCAUUGGUCCGACUGGUCUCCCUGGUCUCCUUGCUCCAGGACCUGCGGAGGAGGGGUGUCUCACAGAGACCGCCUGUGCACAAAUCCCAAACCAUCGCACGGAGGGAAGUUUUGUGAGGGUUCAACUCGCACUGUGAAGCUUUGCAACAGUCAGAAAUGUCCCCACAAUAGUGUUGACUUCCGCGCCAUGCAGUGUGCCGAAUACAAUAGCAAACGGUUCAGAGGAUGGCACUACAAGUGGAAGCCUUACACUCAAGUAGAAGAUCAGGACUUAUGCAAACUCUACUGUAUCGCAGAAGGAUUUGAUUUCUUCUUUUCUUUGUCAAAUAAAGUCAAAGAUGGGACUCCAUGCUCGGAGGAUAGCCGUAAUGUUUGUGUAGAUGGGAUAUGUGAGAGAGUUGGAUGUGACAACAUCCUUGGAUCCGAUGCUGCGGAAGACGCUUGUGGUGUGUGCAAAGGAAAUAACUCGGACUGCACGACACACAAGGGCCUCUAUGCUAAGCACCACCGCACCAACCAAUAUUAUCAGAUGGUCACCAUUCCUUCUGGAGCCCGGAGUAUCCACAUCUAUGAGAUGAAUGUAUCUACCUCCUACAUUUCUGUGCGCAAUGCCCACAAAAAAUACUACCUGAAUGGACACUGGACCGUGGACUGGCCCGGCCGAUACAAGUUUUCAGGCACUGCCUUCUACUACAGGCGUUCCUACAAGGAGCCGGAGAGCUUAACUGCUGCAGGGCCAACCAACGAAACGCUGAUUGUGGAGCUUCUGUUUCAGGGAAGGAACCCAGGAGUUGCCUGGGAAUACUCAGUGCCUCGAUUGAGGGGUGGAAAGAAGCCCAGUGCCCAGCCCAGCUACACAUGGGCCAUCGUCCGCUCUGAGUGCUCCGUCUCCUGUGGAGGGGGGCAGAUGACCGCCAGAGAAGGCUGCUACAGAGACCUGAGGUUUCAAGUAAACACGUCAUUCUGCAAUCCCAACACCCGACCUGUCACGGGGCUGGUGCCUUGCAAGGUGUCUGCCUGUCCCCCCAGUUGGUCCGUGGGGAACUGGAGCGCCUGCAGCCGGACGUGCGGUGGGGGAACCCAGAGCCGGCCCGUGCAGUGCACACGGCGGGCACACUACAAGUCAGAGCGCGUCCCGGCCAGCCUGUGUCCACAGCCUGUGCCCUCCAGCCGACAGGCCUGCCACGCUCAGAGCUGCCCGCCCGCUUGGAGCACCGGGCCCUGGGCAGAGUGCUCGCGAACCUGCGGGAAGGGAUGGAGGAAGAGGUCCGUGGCUUGUAAGAGCACCAACCCCUCCGCCAGGGCACAGCUGCUGCCCGACGCCGUGUGUACCUCGGAGCCCAAGCCCAGGACUCACGAAGCCUGUCUGCUUAAGCGCUGCCACAAACACAAGAAGCUGCAGUGGCUUGUGUCUGCCUGGUCCCAGUGCUCUGCUACAUGUGAAGGAGGAACACAGAAGAGAUUCUUAAAAUGUGUUGAGAAGUACAUUUCUGGGAAGUACCGCGAGCUGGCCUCGAAGAAGUGCCUGCACUUGCCGCAGCCCGGCCUGGAGCUGGAGCGCGCCUGCGCCCUGUUUCCGUGCCCCAAGCCCCCGGUGCACGCAGCCGCGGGCCCCCCGCGGCCCGGCUGGUUCGCCUCGCCCUGGUCGCAGUGCACGGCCAGCUGCGGGGGCGGCGUGCAGACGAGGUCUGUCCAGUGCCUGGUCGGGGGCCGGCUGGCCCGGGGCUGCUUCGUGCACCAGAAGCCCGCAGCCUCCCUGGCCUGCAACACUCACUUCUGCCCCAUCACAGAGAAGAAGGGUGAGUGCCCGGAGCCCCUCGGCUUGACCCUGGCGUUUGGGGUGGGGCUGUCGAGUUUCUGCCUCGGUCCCUUAGAAGGCCUGAGGAAGAAGGGUGCCACUGAUGCCUCGUGCAGAGACCGCUUCCACUGGUGCCCCCUGGUGCCCCAGCAUGGGAUGUGCAGCCACCAGUUCUACGGCGAGCAGUGCUGCAGGACGUGCUCCAGAUCCAACCUGUGA